AUGGCUGAUCCUGUAGCAGAAGAACACACGUCUCAAGUUAGUGAACUCUGCUGUGAAUGUGGUCAGUUCCACCUCUUGCUGGACAAUCAUCUCUACAACUUCCAGGAUGAAGUGGAUGAUGAACUCAUCUGCCAUAUCUGCCUUCAGCCUCUGCUCCAGCCCAUGGACACCCCCUGUGGACAUACGUACUGUUUCAAGUGCCUUGAAAACUUCAUGCAGGAGUAUAACUUUUGUCCCAUGGAUCGGAAAAAGCUCUCUUUCCAGCAGUGCCACAAGUCCAGCCUUCUAGUACGAAACCUGUUGGAUAAGCUGAUUGUCUUCUGCCCUUUCAAGGCAGAGUGUCAGCAGACAAUGCAGCGGUGUGAACUAGAAGCUCAUCUGCAGAACAGAUGUCCUGGUUUCAAGAAAUACAAAUCUGAACUGCAGCGGAAAAAGAAUCCCAUUUCCAGAGGGAAGGAAGAUCCUCCUACCAAGGUGGAGACAAACAAGCCCAAGGAUCCAGAGGUACCAGGUGGAGGAUCGUCACUUGUGGCAGAAAGCUCUGCAGCUGCUGUGGUAUCACUAGUGACUGCAGAGCCUGGACUCGUUAAUCCAGCUUUUGAGGAGACUGAAGAAGACCUUCCUCAAAGAACUAGUCUUGUGGCUGAAACGACCACAAUUGAAAUACACCGAGAAGACCCAGAGGAAGAGCUGGGGAUGAGGAUAGUUGGGGGUAAAGACACCCCACUAGGAAACAUUGUUGUUCAGGAAGUCUUGCGGGAUUCUGUCAUUGCUGCAGAUGGAAGAAUAGCACCUGGGGACCACAUUCUUGAGGUGAAUGGCGUCAACAUCAGCAGUGUGACUCACUGCCAAGCUGUCUCCUUCCUGCGCCACCCAGGUCCUGUCCUCCACCUCAUGGUCCUGCAAGAGAAGGGUUUUUCCAAUAAGACUGCACAGCAGGAUUCCACUUCUGCUACAAAUCGGGAAGUGAUCCACGUUACCUUGAUAAAGAGAGACCGAUCCGAACCCUUGGGAAUCAAACUGAUCAGGAAGACAGAUGAGGCAGGGAUUUUUAUUCUAGAUCUGUUAGAGGGAGGUUUGGCAGCCAAAAAUGGAAAGCUGAGUCAAAAUGACAGAGUCUUGUCAAUAAAUGGCCAGGAUUUGAGGCAAGGAACACCUGAGGCUGCUGCGCAGAUAAUCCAGAGCACUGAAUCAAGAGUGAAUUUUGUCGUCUUGAGGCAGCCAGGUGUCCAGCUGUCAGACCCAGUAGAAGAUGGCAGCACAUCAAAUAACAGUAGCAGCAGCAGUAGCAAUGGAGGAAGCCCGGUGCAUCAUCGGAGACGACUAGACCAGAAUCACUAUAGACGAAAAUCUACCUACCAGAAGGAUUUACCUCAGGGAUACGUAAAUCAUGAAAAGACAGUCGCAAUAAAAAAGGAACCAAAGGAAUCUUUAGGAAUAACAAUUGGAGGAGGAAGGGAUAACAAAAACAAACUCCCUAUAUAUGUAACGAGUGUGCAGCCCAUUGGAUGCCUGUUCAGGGAUGGCAGAAUCAAGCGAGGAGAUAUGCUUUUGAGUAUAAAUGGCAUUGAUUUGACUCAGCUGAACUACUAUGAAGCUGUCUCAGCACUGAAAUCUAAUGCAGCUUCCCACUCAGUCAUAUUGAAAGCCUUGGAAAUCCUUUCAUUAAACUCGACAGAGCCAUCUCCGGACAUCAAGGAGCAAGGAUUCAGCUGGUCUCCCCUCUGGAUCACCUGGCUCGGAUUGCCAAGCUACCUUCACUGCUGUCAAGAUAUUGUCCUUACUAAAGGUAACCUGGAAAGCUGGGGCUUCAGCAUUGUUGGAGGCUUUGAGGAAAGCAAAGGAAACCAGCCAUUCUUCAUCAAAACCAUAGUGCCGGGGACUCCUGCCUUCCGAGACAAGAAACUGAAGUGUGGAGAUGAAAUAGUGGCAGUAAAUGGAGUGCCAGCAAUAGGAAUGAGCAACUCGGAACUAAUCCCAAUGCUGAAGGAGCAAAGGAACAAAGUCACACUUACUGUGGUGUCCUGGCCAGGAAGCCUCGUGUGAAAGCUCAAACAAAACA